CCAUAAUCGUGCUUGCUGUCCUUCUUCCUCCCUUUCGUUGCGCUUGCUCCAAAAUCACUGCUUCGGCUUAUUGUUGCUCGCUCCUCGCUCGCUUUCGCUUGUUGCUCACUCGCUUGCUUGCCUUGGUGUGGUGGGUGGCUGCUGGAUGCUGAGUGCUGUGAGCGGGUUGCGGCUGCUCCGCAUUGGUCAUCGCGUCCCUGCUGUCGCCGCUGCCGUUGGUGGUACUGGUGCUCGUGCUGCUUUCAGGCUCACGACAGCCUCGCUGCUACCAACAUCGCCCACGCUAUCAACUGCAACUGCUACAUCCACACCGCGGUUGAUCGUGGCAUCUCGACUCGCCUGCACGGCAAGAACAGCAACAGCAGUCGCUGCAACAGCAAGACAGCGGGUCUUUGCUUUGGCAGCACGCAAUCGCCACACGCCGUUCUCUCCUUUCCUUCGCCAACUUCACUCCACUCGACCUCACCUUCAACAACAAGGCACCAAAGUAGGCACGAUGCUUCGCUCAUGGAUGGCUGAGCAGCCAGAGCCGGCACGGUUCAGUGGCAAGUGGUGGUUCGUGUGGAUGAUCCGCUUCAUUGUCUUUGGCAUCACCGGCUCGUCCUCCGUCAAGUUUGCUACCCCGCUCCUCGACACCCUCUUUGGCAUUCAAGGCUCCUGGACGGAGGGCCCGUGGUCGUUCCGUUUGGCGUCCCUCGCGUUUGUGACACCCAUCUACACGGUUAUCCUGCUUGUUGUGGGCACCAUAUUUGGGCAGCACCACUUCUUCAAGUACAUGGCGCUCAAGAUGUGGUCGCGCAUCUUACCUGGCAUUGUCAAGCGGCCGGCCAAGCCAUCCGCCACCAGCACCCCAAAGAACAAAUGAUGCAUGUGCACUGGCUCUGCUGGUGACUUUGUGUGCAGUCUUAGUUGUUCCAGCGCAGGUGUUUGCACGUCUUUGCCCUUCCUGCACCUUUCAUCUCACCGCAUCAUCCUGGUCAUCCUCCCCCCUGGCUGACUGCCUUUGUACCCUUGCUGUUGCAUUGUUACAAACAACUGUGUACUCUUUGGUUUGCCGCCGUGUGCACGCACACAAUAUGGAAGCAACGAACGUAAACGCGCCCAACCAUGCA